AUGAACAGCAUUCUCUCGAAAAUCACCACUCCGCCUCGUUCGCGAAACAGCUCCACGACGCGAUUGACCGACUUGGACAGCAUCACCGACAAGCUUGCGAUCAGCCAUGCCGCAGAGCGAGAUGAGCAGAGCCAGCGGGACUACGUGGACGAGAAGCAGCCGCUGCUGAGCAAUGGCCAGACGUAUGAGGAGGGAGUGGAGAAGAGAGGUGGCAAUGUUGGCGGGGGUGUUGGCUGGCGCAUCGCGCACGCCGUGCUGUACGGCGUGAGAAUGGUGUUCUCCACCUUGACGGCGCCGGGGAGAUAUGUUCUGGCCAGCUUCUACGACGAGAAUGGCAUUUUCAGCGCCGUCAUGCCAAUGCGAAGCUUUGCAGCAGCGGUGCGAGGACGGAAGAGGAGUCGGCGAGGAGAGAUGGGCUAUGGCAGCGAUAAUCCGGCAUCACAUCGACAAGAACAGCCGCGGCGAAGACGAUCCCCCUCGCUGGAGAGCAACGCUUCGUACACAUCCAAUUCCGAGCGCGAAGACAGCCCGGCACGACAUACCCGUAGUCGAACCGCCGCGGCAGCAACAACAACAGCAGAUCCCCCCGACGGUCAGUCCCCAGCCUCUACCGAUCGCGCGCCCCGUAUUCGUAUCAAGGACAACUCUCUGCUCCGGAAACGCAAAUCUCCGCGAUCAGGCAGCACAGCCUCCACCGCUACCAUCUCGGAGAUUGCUUCUUCGCUGAAAUCACCGCCCUCGACUUCUUCAGCAGCACUCACCCGCUAUCCACGCUCUCCUCAAACUCCCCGUCCCCUCGUACCACGUCGUCAACCCAGCUAUACUUCCGCUCCCUUGGCUCUAAGUCGUCCAGAUGGGCUGCCAAAGAAGACACUCAUCAUAGAUUUGGACGAGACGCUGAUUCAUUCCAUGGCCAAGGGAGGGAGGAUGAGCACUGGGCAUAUGGUUGAGGUGAAGCUCAACUAUCCCGCAAGUGCGGGUGGUGGUCCGCAAUUGGCAAGUGGGGUGCCAAUUCUGUACUAUGUUCAUGAACGGCCAGCUUGUCAUGAGUUUUUGAGAAAGGUUGCCAAAUGGUACACUCUCAUCGUCUUCACUGCUUCGGUGCAGGAAUACGCAGAUCCCGUCAUUGACUGGCUGGAACGCGAGCGUAAAUACUUCUCUGGCAGAUAUUAUCGCCAGCACUGCACGUAUCGAAAUGGAGCGUACAUUAAGGACUUGGCCAUGGUUGAGCCGGACUUGAGUCGUGUGGCUAUUCUGGAUAACAGCCCUAUGAGUUACAUAUUCCAUGAAGACAACGCCAUUCCCAUUGAAGGCUGGAUCAGCGACCCCACGGAUAACGACCUGUUGCACCUGAUUCCGCUUCUUGAGGGCAUGCAGUAUGUGACUGAUGUGAGAGCGCUGUUGGCGCUGAGACAAGGGCAGGCUAUGCAGGCUUGA